UUCAAUAAAAAUAAAAUCCAUUGAAAGUAAACAUGUUAGACGAGCAAGAUUAUAUGAGUUUGAUCCUUUACUAUGGCCGUGCAAAAUUCUAUCAUUCCAUGCAAAAAACAGCCCUUGAUGGGCUUUCGAAGCAUCCGGGCAAUGGUUCCUUCCGCCUGUUCAACGGCAUUGCGCUUGCUUUAGGCAAUCGAGUACAAGAGGGUAUUCGAGAAUUGAAUCCUUUGAAAAAUGAAGGAGAUUUCGCAAUGGCUGCUAUAUUGAGCUUGAUUUAUGCUCAUAAAAGAUGUAAUGUGAUUGAUAAGGAAUCAGUAAUAAGCCUGGAUGUUAGGUUAAAGGAAGAAAGGAAACAACUUACAGCAAACUCGGCGUACUACUCGGCUGUAUUCCUAUUUCUUAGUGGUAAAGUAGAAAAGGCGCGUGAGUAUUCUGAUAAGGCUUUGAGGCUCAAUAAUGACUUUGUGAAUGCUCAAGUACUGAAAGGAUGGACAGAACUUUACCUCAAUCCGAGAGCUAGCAAAUCACUCCUAGAAGUUUUUGAGAAGGCUUUGGUAAACGGUAAAAAUAUUGAUGCUAGUCUCGGCCAGGUUCGCUACUAUCAAAUUAACAAUGACUUCGAGAAUGCAAUCUCAGUGCUGAAUAAACUUUCAGUACGCUAUCCUGAACUGAAUAUUCCAUUAAUUGAGAAGAUGGAAACGCAGUUAGCAAGCUGGAAUUGGGACCAUGCUUUUGAGACUGCCUUACGCAUCAUAAAUUUGGAUCCGACUAAUAUUUCUGCUUUGCGAGUCAAAUGCAUGUUGUUAUUAUGCCGCGAGGGUAAUCACUUACUCGCUGUUCAAACAAUUCAACAACUCUUCGCUGCUAUCGAAAAGCACGAAAUCAACAACUUGAAAUUAACACUACAAACUGCCCAGCUAUUCUCAAGGACUUGUGGUAGAAACAUGGAUGUUCUCUCCCUCACGUUCAAAUAUGUAGAGAAGAUUUCACAACUGUCGCCAGGGAAUCCGGAAUUUAUAACUGAAGUCGGGUAUCAUUGCAUUAUGAUGGGUCAUUACAAGGAAGCUAGCAAAUACUUCCGAUCAGCCACAAAGAUUGACGAUAGUUCUAUUUACGCACUUUGUGGACUAACUUUAUGUCAGAUAGCUGAAAAUGGGAUAACUGAACAAGCUCGACAACAAAUUGAAUUUCUGAAUGAAAUCCAAGGUCUUAAUAAAAUCCCACUUUUGAUUUUCAUGACUAGUAAAAUUGCCGAGAAUGGUGACAAGGCAAUUGCUUAUUUGAUUGAAGCGUGUGAAAUACAUUUCAAAAAUCUUCAAACGCUAUCAUUCGGUCACGAAUAUUUAGUGCGAUUUGAUCCUGACUUCUUGUUACAAGUCGCCAAUGAGCUAUUGCAAUACUCGCCCGUUCAGUCGACAGUUAAAAUUGGAGCAACUAUUACCAAGGAUACUUUACAUAUUUCACUUAAACAUAGUCUUAACAUUCUCGAAGCUGUAGUGAAAGCAUGCCCUGGUUUGGUGCGAGGCAUUUACAUGCUCGCUAAGAUACAAUUUCUUUGUGGAGAAGUUUCCGUUGCGUCCAAUACUCUCAAUAAAAUAUUAAAUGACAUCGACGCGACCGACACCGAUGCGCACCUUUUAUUGGCUCAAAUUUAUAUACAACAAAAACAAUUUCUUAAGGCAUCACAAAGCUUGGAAGUUUGUUUAUCGCACAAUUUUAGCGUUCGUGAAAAUCCGAUGUAUCAUCUCCUGCACGGAUUAGUACAGAAGAAUAAUCAACAACUGGAAGAGGCUCAGAAGAGUUUUAUCAAUGCCUUGAAUUUGAUAGGAUUUAAAAAUAUUGGCUCAACUACAGCGAGUCAACCAUCAUCGAUGUCGCCAAGUAAACAGAAGCUUGCCGGGAACAAAUCACUUUUACCUUUGACUGAUAAAGUAACUUUGUUUUUGGAACUGAUUGAUACUUAUAUGGCGAUGGGGCAGACCGUCGACUGCGAAAGGGUAAUGCAAACAGCUUUAGAGGAGUUCUCGCAUAGCACAGAGCAUGGACGGUUGGUUAUCACCAAUGCUGAAAUCGCUUUGCAGCAUGGAAAUGUAAAUCGAGCUUUGGAUUUACUGAAAAGCAUUUUGCCAGGACAACCGUAUUACUUGCAAGCAAAAACGCGACUAGCUAAUGUACAUUUGCAAUAUCGUAAAGAUCGUUUGGCAUUCGCUCAAUGUUUUAAGGAGCUUGUUGAAAAUUGUCCAGAAACCGAAAGUUAUUUGAUGCUGGGGGAUGCUUACAUGUCAAUUCAAGAGCCCGAUUUAGCCAUAGAAGCUUAUAAACAUGCUUUGAGGCUUAAUCCCCGUGAUUCUUUGCUUGCAACUAAACUAGGCCGGGCUUAUGUUAAAACCCAUCAAUAUGCAAAAGCCAUCAAUUACUAUUGCGAAGCGGUUAUGAAUCCCGAUCAUGUUGGCUUUAAACUAGAUCUAGCCGAACUAUAUCUCAAAUUGAAACAAUAUCAAAAUGCUGAACAGACACUGAUUGACGAAGUUGACAUUAAGAAAAUUGAUGACACUGAUAUAUCCAUGUUGCAAGUUCGUACAAAGCAGUUUUUAUUAUUAGCACGGAUUCGAGAGAAAGCAGGGAACCUGAAUUCGUCUUUGUCAACUUUGAAAGAGGCGCGUGAUAAUCAGUAUCGUGUGCAGAAGAGAAUAAGCAUUGAUCAGUCAGCUGGACUGGGAGAACAGUAUAAAAUUCUAUCCAAGAUUUGCGUAUUAAUGGCCGAACAAUGCGUCAGUUUACGUGAGAAUGAAAUGGCUGUUCAGCAUUAUAAGGAAGCAUUGAAAUAUUCGCCCGACGACAUCCUAAUAUUAGCCGCACUAGCUCGGUUACUUAUGCAGUUGAAUCACAUGGAUCAAUGUCGGGAUAGGUGUACACAGAUUCUGCAAAUAGACGCUAACAACGAAGUUGCUUCGGUAAUGAUGGCCGAUUUGUCUUUCCGAAAGAUGGACUUCGACAAUGCCGCUUACCAUUUCUCACAACUGCUUCUCGGUCAACCAACUUACUGGACUGCUUUGGCGCGUCUCAUUGAAGUAAUGCGGAGAUCCGGCACAUUGCAGGAUGCAGUUGCUUUUCUCCAAAGAGCCGAACAAAAUGCCGUUAACGCUACAACCAAUGCUGGCUUCAAUUACUGCAAGGGCUUAUUCGAGUGGUACAAUGGCAACCCAAACGCAGCCUUGCGAUUCUUCAACAACGCUAGACGUGAUUCUGAAUGGGGUCAACAGGCGAUAUUUAAUAUGAUAAAUAUUUGCAUAAACCCAGACGGUGACUUGCCAACGGAGGGUGGAGCGAUUGACAAUGUUGAGGACAUCGAUUUUAAGGAUUCGAGGCUUAUAGCUUUGCGCACGGCGGAGAGAUUAUUGAAAGAAUUGAAGCCUAGACCAGGAGGAAUGGACAAUGAGGCAGUGAAUCAUAGAUUGUUGAAAAAUUUCUUGCAGCUGUCGUCGCGCCAAAAGUACAGCAUUGAGGCCGCCCUCAAUGAUUUUACUGAUAUCGCAUCACAAGAAGAGUACAAAGACCUAGUUGGUCCUAUCUUAGGCAUGGCAUCCGCGCAUGUACUUCUGAAACAAACCCAGAGAGCGAGGAACCAUUUGAAGCGUAUUGCAAAGAAUCCUUGGAAUUUCGAAGAAGCGGAAUAUUUAGAAAGGUGCUGGCUCUUGUUGGCUGACAUUUACACACAGUCAAGCAAAUACGACAUGGCGCAGGAUCUAUUGCAUCGUGUUUUAACCCACAAUAAAUCGUGUGCAAAGGCAUACGAAUUCUUGGGUUAUAUUUCCGAAAAGGAGCAAGCUUAUCGUUCAGCCGCAGCAAAUUAUGAUAAUGCUUGGCGUCUCUGUGGUAAAUCCAAACCUCAAAUAGGAUAUAAGCUUGCUUACAAUCAUAUGAAAACAAAACGUUAUGCCGACGCCAUUGAUGUAUGCCAGCAAGUACUUAAAAUACAUCCAGAUUAUCCGUCCAUCAAGAAAGAUAUUUUAGAUAAGUGUAGGAAUAAUUUAAGAGGAUAAAUUCUCUUGUUUUCAGUUACGAAGAUUAAGAAAAAGAAUAAUUGAUCUCAACUAAGAGCAGAUUUCAUAGUGUUCAUGUUCAGUAAAGAUCAUAUCGGGGAUGUGAUAACAUAGGAGAGUUACUCGAUUUUAUUGACAAAAUGAUAAGCUCAGCACCUGUGACAGUUUCUUAACAAAUUUUUCCAGCUUUUUGGAUAUAUUGGUAUCCAUCACCAUCAUUCGCACUUCAAUCUUCAAGUUAAAAUAUUUGAAAUAAAAAAAACACUUCUCUCACAGUA